AUGUUUAAAGUGAGAGACGAUUUUGACAAGAUCCAGGCCUCGCGGCCGGAUUUCAAGCAUGGCAUUGAGGUCACCUUCUCAAAGCCGCCAAACCCCACCUGGAAACAAGGCGAUGGCGCAAACGAUGGUGGCGAGAGCUUGAAGAAAGGCCACGUUGAAAUUGACCCAUACGAAGAAGGGCGACCGAGUGCAUCUAACUACAAGUUUCUGAUCUCCGGAAUGGUCCCUCGACCGAUUGCGCUGAUCAGCACGAAAGCGAAGGAUGGACAGUCGACCAACCUGGCACCUUUCAGCUAUUCACAGGUCAUCAACCACGAUCCUCCUCUCUUCGUGGCGGGCCUGACUGGAUCUCUUGAGAGGCCCAAAGACACGCUGAAGAACCUCGCUGAGACCAAGGAGUGUGUCAUUAACAUCAUCUCGGAGCAUUUUGUCGAAGCCGCUAAUGCGACCGCAAUCAAUGCACCAUAUGGCCUUUCCGAGUGGGAGGUGUCAGGGCUGCACCAAGCACCUAGUUCCGUCGUUCAAGCCGCCCGGGUGAAGGAGUCGGUGUUGGCAAUUGAAGGGAAACUGGUUGAAAUCAAAGAAUUCGAGAGCCGGCAGUCUCCGGGAAAGAAAACUGGAGUGCUGGCCAUUAUUGAGGGAGUCCGAUUCUGGGCAAGAGAAGACGCCAUCAACGAGGACAAGAGCAUUGUGAACCUGAAGGUAUUGAAACCGAUCAGUCGGUUAGGUGGUAUACAAUAUGGACGAACCACGGAAGCGAUCGAGUUACCGAGACCGCAGUUUUAG